GGGACAUGUUUAUGCUGACUAUUUGAUCAAGUGUCGUUAAAAGCAACAUUUUGAAUCAGGAGCUAAAAGGCGUCUGCAAAAUUAUGGAACAAAUUCAUGGCCAUGGAGCAAGUGAGUUGUUUCAAGCACAAUCCCAUUUGUAUAAGCAUGUUUUCAGUUUCGUAGGUUCCAUGUCACUGAAAUGUGCAGUUCAGUUAGGCAUACCAGACAUAAUCCACAGCCAUGGGGAACCUAUUACCCUCCAUGGCUUGGUCUCUGCGCUCCAGAUUCACCCUACAAAAGCUGGUUUUGUGCACCGCCUCAUGCGCUUGCUUGCUCACUGCGGCUUCUUUGCUACCACAAGAGUCAACAAAAAACAAGAAGAAGAAGAAGAUGAAGAAGAAGCGUAUGAUAUCACACCUUCAUCGAGGAUCCUCCUCAAAGAAAAUGUCACCAGCUUGUCACCGUUUGUUUUGGCUAUGCUUGAGCCAGCUCUGGUUACUCCAUGGCAAUUCUUGGGAAACUGGUUCCGGGAAGACAAGGUCACAGCAUUCGAGAGUGCACAUGGGAUGGGAUUGUGGGAGUAUGGAAACCAAAAUCCUGUAUUCAAUAAUCUUUUCAAUGAGGCAAUGGCGAGUGAUUCAGGAAUGAUGAACUUGGUUGUAAGAGACUGCAAGGCAGUUUUUGAGGGGUUGGACACGUUGAUUGAUGUUGGGGGUGGUACUGGAACAUGCUCCAGGAUCAUUUCUGAGGCAUUCCCUCACUUGAAAUGCACAGUGUUUGAUCUUCCACAUGUUGUAGCUAAUUUGACAGACAGUUUGAAGUUGAAUUAUGUUGGAGGUGAUAUGUUUCAGUCUAUCCCUCCGACAGAUGGCAUUCUACUUAAGUUGGUUUUACACUCAAUUAGCGAUGAGGAUUGCGUGAAGGUACUGAAAAAAUGCCGAGAAGCUAUACUAAACAAAGAAAAAGGGGGAAAGGUGAUCAUCAUAGAUAUAGUGAUUAAUGAUAUCAAAGAUGAGCACGAAAUAACUGAAGCAAAGCUCUUUUUUGAUGUGUUGAUGAUGGCUCUGGUCACUGGAAGGGAGAGAUGCGAGAAGGAAUGGGAAAAGCUCUUCUUGGAGGCUGGUUUCAGUCGCUACAAGAUAACACCCAUGUUUGGUUUAAGGUCCCUUAUUGAGGUUUAUCCUUAGGACCUUAGCAACAACUAUGUAUUGUCCUAAGAUUUGUAUGACAGUAGAAUAAUCAUGUACUGUAAGCUUGAAUGCUGUAUGGAUGACUAAUGGGUUAAAAGAGUUUUCAAAUUUAGUAUAAUUAUGAAUAUAUCUAUGUUCAUGGUUUGGGAAUAUUUUAAAGAGGCUUGGAAGAAGAGAAAUUAAAGUAGGCAUUUAUAAUGCCCAACUCAUAGCAAGUUAUUGCUUAAAGCAAGCAAAACUUGAGUGUAUGCUCGUUCGCACGGGGCGCACACACGUUGAAACUAACAAUUAUGAUCUAACUUUUAUAAUUAAGAGUAAUGCUAGAAACUACAUUUUUAUCAC